AUGGAUUACCAGAACCGAGCGGGCUCCAAAUUUGGCGGCGGAGGCGUAGCCUCCCAAUCUGCCACAAACGCCGACCGUCGCGAACGCCUCCGCAAACUGGCUCUCGAAACCAUCGACCUCGACAAAGACCCCUACUUCUUCAAAAAUCAUGUCGGCAGCUUCGAGUGCCGCCUGUGCCUGACAGUUCACCAGAACGAUGGCUCCUACCUGGCUCACACGCAGGGUCGCAAGCACCAAACGAACCUGGCCCGUCGUGCGGCGCGCGAGCAGCGCGAGGGCAAGAACCAGGAUCCUUCGUCGUUGCCGGGAGCUAUGGGGGUGCAGGUGAAGAAGCAGACGAUCAAGAUUGGGCGGCCGGGGUAUAAGAUUACGAAGGUGCGGGAUCCAUUGACGAGGCAGGUUGGGUUGUUGUUUCAGUUGCAGUAUCAGGAGAUUACUCCUGGGGUUGUGCCAAGGGUGAGGUUCAUGUCUGCGUUUGAGCAGAAGGUUGAGGAGCCACCGGAUAAGAAUUUUCAGUAUCUUGUUGUGGCUGCGGAGCCGUAUCAGACUUGUGGGUUUAAGUUGCAGGCGAGGGAGAUUGAUCGCAGGGAUGGGAGGUUCUGGACUUGGUUUGAUGAGGAUAGUAAGGAGUUUUGGGUUCAGAUUAUGUUCAAGACAGAGCGUGAGGAGCGGUUCAGUGGUGUCCCUGGUCUGGCACCUAUGAGGACUUGA